GUUGCUCAUUUCUUACCCGUUUCGAUGAAGAUGUCUCUGGAUAAGUUGGCUGAGAUAUAUACCCGUGGGAUCAUUCGACUCCACGGAGUGCCUAUUACUAUUGUAUCAGAUAGAGAUCCCAGAUUUGUUAGUCGAUUCUGGCACAGCUUACACGAGGCGAUGGGCACGAAGCUAGAGUUCAGUUCAGCCUACCAUCCAGAGACAGAUGGUCAGUCCGAGCGGACCAUUCAGACACUUGAGGAUAUGCUUCGUGCUUUGGUUGUAGACAGGGGUGCUAAGUGGGAGUCGUUUUUACCGUACGCCGAGUUCGCAUCGUCAGUCGCCGCUGGAAGUCAGCCCAGCCCAGCCGAUCGCAACCCGAGUCGUCGCACGCUGUCGCGCAUCAGCCAGGCCCGACGCCAACUCCCAGCAGCGUCCGCGAGCGACGCCCGUGAGGUCUCAGCUGCACCUGCUCGUCGUCGAUCUGCUGUCUGUUCGCACGCCCGUCCGCGAUCUGUCACCAUUCGACGUCCGCGCAUCUCCAGCGCGCCUGCGCAAUGCGCGCGACAGUCCGCCCGCGUCCAGGAUUCCGUGUCCAGCACGCCCGCGUGCGUUCAACCCGCCAGCGCCAGUCCGCGUCCGCAUAGGAGUGCUGCCCCGCGUGCACGCACACGCCCAGCGUUCACGAUACGCUGCCAGCUGCCAGUACCAGCGUCCGCAACACGCACGAACGUACCUGUCAGCGACCAGCACCCGACGCGCACGACGCCCGCGAUCAGCCCGCUGCCACCCGACGACCGAGACCCGUGCACCGCAUGCGCCCGUGCAUUCGCGCGCAAUCGCGCGCCCUUCACCUCAUCCGUUUUUCUCGCGCGCGUACAUCCCGCUGCCCCGCACUCCUAUGCCUGCGAGGUUUCGGUUGCCGCCCGCGUGGCCUUCACCCGCGCGCCCAGCUCGCCCGCCACUCGCUGCCGCGCAUACCUCCCAUCGCCCGCGAUCCGAUCGCCUACCGUGCACCCGAGUACACCCAAUGCUGACCGCGUGCUGACCACCCGCUCUCGCGCAUCACCGCCCGAUGCGCGCCUUUCGCCCGUUCGUCCAUCGAUCACCCCCGACCAAUCUUCAGCCUCAACGACCACUUCCUUAUCACUGACUGCCGGCGCACUGCUGCCGCUGC